GAGCUCGCUGUUCGGCAUUUAGAAUUCUUGAAAUAAAAGAAAGUUGUGGGUCACUCGUUGUAAUUAACACAAGUAUGGCAGAUGACACAAAUGAGGAUAGCUGGUUGUACGGCACCUCGAAUCCAGAUUCCACAACCAAUGAAAUAUCCAAUGGCAGCGAUGCAUUGGCUGCGGAGCACGAGGCACUCGCUGCGGUGACCGGUGAAAAGCCCGGAACCGGUGGACUGCCCGCCUUUCCCAAGGAGGAACUGCUGGAGUAUGCUGAAUUCGAGGAUCCCGCCAAGGAAAUGGAGGAGGAUGAGGAAGCGCUGCCGGACACAACGGAUAGUAAUGCGCCCAACGCUGGCGGCAUUGGCAUGGAUGACGCCGGGUCUCAGGGGGACGAUGCCGAUAUGACGGAUCUGACGGAACACGCGCCGGGUACAAUGAUUCGCAAAGAGCGCAACGGUUCCGGUUCAGAUGAUGAUGACGAUGACGAUUCCGACGAUGACAUCAAUGUGGUUAUUGGCGAUAUCAAAUCCGCGCCCAGCACUUACAAUAUCAAACAACGACCCAAUUUAUUGGCUGGCGGCACAGCCGGUGAUAAGGCCAAACCAACGGCGCAGGCUGGAAAAUUCAGCAUCGAGGACUUUGAGGGAGCUGGCACCAUCAAUGGAGUUGCCGUGCACGAGUUCAGCAUAGACUCGUUGGAGGAGAAGCCAUGGCGUAAGCCUGGUGCUGAUAUAACCGACUACUUCAAUUAUGGCUUUAACGAGGAAACGUGGCGUGCGUAUUGUGAGCGCCAGAAACGCUUCCGUGUCGCCGAGAGCGGCGUUGGCCUGGCCAGUCUUACCCAAAAUGUGAAUCAAGGUGCCACGUCAAUGGGCCUCGCCGAUGGUGGAAGUAGUAACAUUAGCGGAGUCAUGGGCAUGGGCGGUCCCAUGCAUCAUCAUCAGCCAAUGGUCAUAUUGAGUGAUGGACCCAUGCAAAUGCCACCACCUGGUAUGCCACCCAUGAUGCAGCAUCAACCGCGUACAGGCAUGGGCAUGAUGGCGCGACCGCCACGUCCCAUAUCCACAACGGGAGGUGUUAAGGAGAAUGCCAUACAGGUGAUGACGGCCGAGUGCCGUGAGUAUUCGCGAGGUGGCUUAGGACCAAUGGCGCCCAAUUUCCCUCCGCCGGGUGCCGCCGAUGAACCCUUCUUCCACGAACCUGAACCAUUCGAUUAUGGCUAUGAGCCGACACAGGAAUCCCAGUGGAACAAUGACAAUCCCGGCUGGGUGCCCACUGGCAUCAAGGAGCUAACACCCGGUCCAGCACACCACCUGCCCCAGCAGCAGCAGACACCGCCGCAAAUGGGCGGACCACCAGGCAUGCCGCCACAAAUGAGCGUGCCACCGCCCCAAAUGGGUGGACCACCGCCACAGCUGCGAGGACAACACGCACCACCCGGCAUGAUGCCACCGAACAUGCGCAUGCCACACAACAUGGGCAUGGGUCCACCACCAGGCAUGAUGCGUAUGCCACACAACAUGAAUAUGGGACCACAGCAAAGGAUGCCCAUGGGUGGCAACGGUGGCAACAAUAAUAAUAGCAAUAUGACAUCGUCAUCCUCCUCAGAUCGCAGAUCCGAUGGCUACGAUGAUGAUCGCGAGCGGCGGCGUCGUGACAAGGACAAACAGCUGAAAAAGGAGCAGUUGCGCAAGGACUUUCUGGACAUGCUGCGUGAGCGACACGAUAUUGAGCGCCAUACGCGUUGGUAUGAUAUCAAGAAGAAAUUUGAGUCGGAUCCGCGUUAUCGUGCGCUGGACUCGGCCUAUCGUGAGGAAUACUUUGAAGAUUAUUUGCACAUACUGAAGGAGGAGAAGCGCAAGGAGCGGGAUCAUAAGGAACGCGAUCGGGAACGUAGUAAUCGUGACAAGGAGCGGUCACGUGAUAAGGAUAAAGACAAGGAAAAGGAGAAGGACAAAGAGAAGGACAAGGACAAAGAAAAGGACAAGGAUAAAGAUAAGGACAAGGAUAAGGAUAAGGACAAAGAGAAGGAAAGCUCACGACGUGAGGCUCGCUCUCGUUCCCGCGACAAGUCGAGUCGUCGAAAAUCCAAGUCACGUGAAAAGGAUCGCAGCGAUCGAAGCAGCAAACAAAGCAGCUCCUUAACAUCUGGCACCUCAAGUCGCGGCGAUAAGAAGAAAUCGCAUCGCAAGGACAAAGAGGAGGAGGAAUAACAGUUACUUAGGUACUAUAUGGAAGAAGAACAGACCGUUCCUUGAGCUAGCCACACACACACAAACAUACAUAAAAUUAAAAACACAGACACCAACACUUAUGCACUCACACAAACGCAGACACAAACACUGCAAAUACACUUCCAAUAAUAAAAUCGUACAACUUAAGAACAA